AUGCAGGCAGAGACUGUGACCCAGUCAUGCAGCAUCCAAGUCAUGGUCAUGAUGAUGAAAGGGUCCAACAGCGAUUUGUUCACUCCAGCUGUGUGGGUGUCAGAGAAAGCAAAGGUGUACUGGUUGGGCAUAGCAGCCCAGGAUUUGUGGAAACAUACCCGGUUUAUGGAAGCAUAUUGUGUUGGGACACUAGACAGUAAGAUAACUUGUUUAAGUGCUGAUACUAGGGAGGGUAACUGGCAAUACUCAGCUUCCAAUGGAGUGGGUGCCCUGAAGCUCACGAUCUGGCAUGGUGUCAAGAUCAACAUGACAAACUACCCAGGAGUGGCUGUUGAUGGGUGGAAGAGUGGGAAGAUCAAAUGGGUUACAUUGACAACAGAGGAGAUUGAACAGCAGAAGGAGGAGCUUGCUAGUCUAGAACUGGAAGCAGCCCAAGCCCAGAGCGGAAAUAGUGGCAAGUCACAGACCAUGUACAUUGAUCAGGAGGCAUUCUGA